AUGGAACAGAGCGCCAAGCGACGUAAGGUUUCCCACAAGGGCGACUCCAAGAUCUCUGCCAACAUCGCGACGGCGAGUCCAUUCGUCCUACAGACGGACGAACUGUUGAAGGAGGUCAAGGUUGACUACGCCGAGGCUCUCGAUGGCGCUGACGCCCUGUUGCAUAAGAUCAGAAACCUGAUCCAAGGAAUUGAGCCUCAUGGUCCUAUUCCUAUCGCCGAAGCCACGCGCAAGUUCCAGAAGACGAAUAAGAUCAAGAUUCCCUAUCCGGACCCGAAACCCGCCGACGAUGCGCCGUACAAGCUGUCAUACGAAAAGCCCGCCGCUUACAAUGUCGUGGGCAGCUACGUCUCGAAGACGAUGAUCCAGGCCCAGGCCAACAAGGGUGUGGACAUGAUUGUGCAGAUGCCGGCUUCGCUAUUCCAAGAAAAGGAUCACCAGAACAUGCGCUACUUCUACCGCAGAGCCUACUAUAUUGCGAAUAUUGCAGCCGCCUUGCGCAAGGAGUUGGCAGGAUCGGCCGACCUGGAGUUCGAGAAUCUCAAUGGCAACGCCCUUCUGCCCGUCCUCUCCAUCAGACCCUCUUCAACAUCCGAAUCGUCAGAAAGCGACGAGAGCGACGAGAAGGCCGAAUCGGGGUCUUCAAAGUCGGAUUUCGUCAUUCGGAUCAUUCCUUGCGCGCCGGAAGGUGUCUUCCCCAAGAAGAAGUUGCACCCCGCGUACAACAGCAACCGAAAUAGGCAGCCGGAGAACGCCAAGGAGUCGACUGUGUCUACGCCCUUCUACAACUCGACCAUUAAGGCUGAAGACACAUUUGUCACGUAUCUGCGGGUCCUCACUAGAGCCAAGGCGGAUUGCGCCGCCUUCGCAGACGCUUGCAUACUCGGAAGAAUCUGGCUCCAACAACGAGGUUUGGGCAGUUCGCUGGCCAAGGGUGGAUUCGGUCACUUUGAAUGGGCAAUCAUGAUGGCGUUGCUGCUGCAGACCGGUGGACGGAACGGCCAGCCGGCGCUUUCUUCGGCUCUGAGCAGCACUGAGCUAUUCAAGGCCACGGUCCAGUUCCUUGCGUCUACCGAGUUUGCUAAGAAGCCCUUUGUCUUUGGCACAUACAAGCUGGGCGCUGACCUCAUUCGAGAGAACGGCCCCGUCAUGUUCGAUCCCGAACGUGAAGUCAACAUUUUAUACAAGAUGAGCCCCUGGUCAGCGAGCCUUCUCCACUUCCACGCCAGCACCACCAUGGAAGUACUCAACGACACUCUGGCAAACCAGUUCGAGCCGACCUUCAUCACCAAAGCCGACUUGCCGCUACACCUAUUCGAUAGCAUUUUCGAGAUCCAAAACGUGGACAGCAACUCAAAAAGCACAAACCCCGAUCGACGAGGUGCCGUCUGGGAUCUAAGCUUCAAGGCUUACACCGUUCUGAAGAAGGCGUUGAAGGAAAGGUCACAGCUGAUUCAUUUCGCGAGUCAAGACCCAGCACCGUGGUCAAUCACCAGCACCCGGCCCACGAACCUGUCCAACAUCCAGGUUGGCGUCAUCUUCGACCCUGCCAACAUGGGACGCUUGAUGGAGUAUGGUCCUUCGGCCGAGCUCGAGAAGGAGGCGGCAAAGUUCCGCAAGUUCUGGGGUGACAAGGCCGAGCUCCGUCGCUUCCAGGACGGCAGCAUCCUCGAGUGCGUGCAGUGGACGCGGCAGACGUCUGCAGAAAUCUGCGAAGAGAUCGUCCGGUACGUCCUCCAGCGCCACGUGAGCCUUGGUGCUGGCGAUUUGCGCUUCCACGAUGCCGAUAUCCCCCCUUCCCUGGACAUCUCGCCCUUUGACAGGGAAUCCUUCGAGGCAGCGAGAAAGGCCUUCAGCACGCUCGAGCAGGACAUCCGCGGCCUGGAGGAGAUGCCGCUCUCGGUCAGGCAAAUCGCCCCCGUUGUCCCCGAACUGCGAUCCGCGUCGGUCACGCCGCCCUUUGCGCUCUCUCAGAAAUCCGGCCCUCCGCCCAUGGACGUAAACCUCUACUUUGAGGCAUCCAGCAAGUGGCCGGAGAACCUUGUCGCGAUCCAGGAGUCCAAAAUUGAGUUCCUGCUCGACAUUGACCGUCGGUUACGCGCUGCCCACGACAACAUCUCAACGAGCCUCGGUCGCGACAACGCAGCACGGGAUAUCGACAACCUUGCCUACCUGGACAUCAUCUACCCCAACGGCGCCGCUUUCCGACUGCGCAUCUACGCAGAGCUCGAGGAGGCCCUCCUAGACCGCCAAGCCAGGAACAAGACGCUGGACCCCCAGAGCAGAGUCCAGGCCGAAGAGGCCCUCUUCAACCUCAACUGGCGCCACAAGCACCUGCCCCUCCACACGCAGACAAUCACAACCUACUGCACCCGCUUCACCACCCUCUCCAACACGAUCCGCCUCGUCAAGCACUGGUUCAACGUGCACAAGCUCGCGAGCCACAUCUCGGAAGAGCUCAUCGAGCUCCUCGUCCUCCACGUCUUCCUCAACCCGAACCCCUGGAAGGUCCCCUCCAGCACAAUGUCCGGCUUCCUCCGCACCAUCCUCUUCCUCUCCCGCUGGGACUGGCGCGACGAGGCCCUCGUCGUCGACUCCUCCGACGACAUGACCGCCGACGACCGCGCCGUCGCCCAGCACCACCUCGAGGCCUGGCGCGCCCGCGACCCGACAAUGUCCCACGCAGUCCUCUUCGUCGCCACCCCGCACGACCACCUAGGCCUGGCCUACACCCGCCAGGGGCCCUCCAAGCUCCUCGCAACACGCAUGACCCGCCUCGCGAAAGCCUCCAGCAAAAAGAUCAAGGAGCAAGGCAUCGCGCUCGACGUCGCCGAGCUCUUCCAGCCGUCCCUGGCAGACUACGACGUCCUCCUCCACCUCUCCACCUCGGGCCUGAAACGCGUCGCCCGCGACGCCGCCUCCGAGGCGGGCACCCGCACCUCCCUCUUCAAGAACCUCGACGAGCGCACGGGGAAAAUCCCGCUGCCGCUCGCGCGACACCCGGCGACGGUCCUGCUGACGGAGCUCGAGACGGCGUACGAGGACACCCUCGUCUUCUUCCACGGCGCGUCCGGCGACGCCGUCAUCGGCGCCAUCUGGCAGCCCAAGCUGCGCAGUCGGCAAAAGUUCCGUGUCGGUCUGCCCUACAACUUCCACCGGGUCAAGGGCGACAGCGACGACGACGAGGAGGGCGAUGUGGUCGAGGUGAACAAACCGGCUGUGCUGCUGGAGAUUGCUAGGAUCGGUGGUGACUUGAUCAAGAAGAUUGAGCUCAUUGAAUAG